CCGCAGCACCACGGGAGAGAAGCGGCGGCCGAGGUGUGGCCGGGCCCGGCCCUCGCCCCGCGGCACCUGCCGGGGCUCCCCCGCCCCGAAACGGGGUGAAAACAGCACAUUUCGGGCCACUUCACCCCGGACACGAUGGCAGAGGAUCCCAUCGUGCCCGUGUACUGCACGGGUGUCUCGGCGCAGGUUCAGCGUGCCCGUGCCAAGGAGCAGGGGCUGGGCCGGCACGACCGCGCCGUGAGGUACCUGGGGCAGGAUUUCGGGGCCUUGGCCGAGCAGUGCCGCAGCUCCGGGACCCUUUUCCGGGAUCCCACGUUCCCGGCGGGACCCUCGGCCCUGGGGUUCAAGGAGCUGGGCCCCGGCAGCUCCAAGACCCGCGGGGUGCAGUGGAUGAGGCCCACGGAGCUGUGCCCGCGCCCGCAGUUCAUCGUGGACGGGGCCACUCGCACCGACAUCUGCCAGGGAGCUCUGGGUACGGAGCAUG